ACUCUAGUCUUAAUUACAUAAUUAUAUAGUCUCCAAAUUCCAAUUAUUGCUAAACCCUUUUCCAAACUAUUUAAAUUAAACUUCCAAACUUUCUCAACCAUACCAUGGAAUCAACUUAUCACGCAAAACCCAGAACCCGUUCAUCUUCAAAGUGAUCUUCGCCACCAAUCCUCAAAUGGGUUUCCUCAAAAUCCUAUUCUUUCUUGUUCUUCUUCUUUCUGUUUCAUCAGCAGCCGAUGAUGUUUCCUCGGAUUCGGAUUCAAACUUGCUGUUAAGUAUAAAAUCACAUCUCAAUGAUCCUGCCGGAGCUCUACAGAACUGGUCACCAGCCACCGCCAUUUGUAAAUGGAAUGGCAUAACAUGUUCUUCAGAUGGAACCCAUGUAGUAGGAAUAAACCUUUCGGGUUUCGGCCUUAUGGGUUCAAUUUCGCCACGAUUCUCGGAGCUGGAACUGCUUCAAGUUCUUGAUUUAUCGCAGAAUUCUCUCAUCGGCUCCAUUCCAUCAGAGCUCGGCCAGCUUCAGAAUCUAACGCAGCUACUACUUUAUUCGAACGAUUUAUCGGGUUUUAUUCCAACAGAGAUCUGUCAAUUGAAGAACUUGCAAGUUCUUAGAAUUGGAGAUAAUAACAUGUUGACAGGCAAAAUCCCGCUGGAAAUUGGUAACUUGACUGAAUUGACAGUUUUGGGUUUAGCUUACUGUCAGUUUAAUGGAACAGUUCCGACCGAAAUAGGCCGAUUGAAGAACCUCCGGUCUCUAGAUUUGCAGAUGAAUAGGUUCGAUGGGCGGUUACCAGAUUCGAUAGGAGACUGCUUAGAGCUGAGGAAUCUCGCUGCUUCAAACAAUAUGUUUGAUGGAACGAUUCCUUCUUCCAUGGGCAAUCUUCAAUCUUUAAGAAUCUUGAAUUUAGUUAACAACAGUCUGUCCGGUUCAAUACCAGUCGAGCUGAGUCGACUAGCAAACUUGGAGUAUCUCAACAUGUUCGGAAAUCAAAUCGAUGGGGAAAUCCCGCCGGAGCUCGGCCGGUUAAGCCAGCUCAAGACGUUGGAUUUAUCUGGUAAUAAACUCUCCGGAGCGGUUAAUUUUGGCGGGUAUUGGUUUAAGAAUCUCGAGAUUCUCGACCUGUCGGAUAAUUCUCUGACGGGUUCCUUUCCUGAUGGAAUCUGCAUGACGAAUAAGAACUUGAGCUGCGUUUAUCUGUCGCAGAAUAAGCUUUCGGGUGGUUUUCCAUUGGAAAUUCUGAAUUGUUCGUCGCUCAGGGAAUUAGAUCUUUCAGACAACGAAUUCGAAGGAGAAUUGCCGCGAAACAUAGGCCGGUUAGUGAAUCUAACCGAUCUUUUACUCAAUAACAACAGUUUCACGGGUUCUAUUCCAACAGAAAUUGGAAAUUUGACCGGUUUGGUCACCUUGUUUCUCUUCGGUAACAAGAUCAAUGGCCAAAUCCCAAUUGAAAUCGGGAAAUUGGAGAAACUGAGAGUUAUUUAUCUCUACGACAACCAGAUGGAGGGUGUGAUACCCAACGAGCUAACGAACUGCACCGGCUUGACUGAGAUUGAUUUCUUUGGAAACCGAUUUUCGGGUUCUAUUCCGAAUACAAUUGGGAGGCUAAAAAAUCUUUCUUUUCUUCAGCUCAGGCAGAAUGAGUUGUCGGGUGUAAUCCCCAACAGUUUGGGUAAUUGUCGGUUUCUUGAGAAACUUGUAUUGGCUGAUAACAAGCUGACCGGAACUCUACCUCCAACGUUUCGAUUUCUUUCAGAAUUAACCCUCAUUACUCUUUACAACAACUCAUUCGAAGGCCCUAUUCAUGAAUCCAUCUUUCUUCUAAAGAAACUUAGAAUUGUCAAUUUUUCGCAUAACAGAUUCACCGGAAGCAUCCUUCCUCUGUUGGGUUCUACCGAUCUGACUGUUUUCGACUUGACAAACAAUAGCUUUUCCGGCCCAAUUCCUUCCACAAUCUUCCUCUCCACAAACAUGACCCGUCUCCGGUUAUCCUGUAACCGUCUCUCUGGUUCAAUCCCUCCUGGGAUAAACAAACUGACUCGACUCAAUUUUCUCGACUUAUCAUUCAAUGAUCUCGUUGGAGAGAUUCCUGAGGUUUCAAAUUCGAAAGGGUUAGCUCAUUUGCUUCUCAAUAAUAACAAACUGUCAAGGAUAAUUCCUUCUUGGUUAGGUUCAUUACAGGAACUAGGUGAGCUAGACAUUUCAUCGAACACCUUAACUGCGUCAAUACCAGUAGAACUCGGGAAUUGUUCGAGAUUACUGAAACUCUCGCUUCAUUUAAACAAUCUUUCUGGUGAAAUCCCACAGGAAAUUGGAAACCUCGAAUCACUGAAUGUUCUAAACCUGCAAAGCAACAGUUUAUCUGGAACUAUUCCAUCAACAAUCCAGAAAUGCAAGAAGCUUUACGAAUUAAGAUUAUCGGAGAAUCAAUUGACCGGAGUUAUUCCACCGGAGAUGGGAACUCUCACGGAAUUGCAAGUAAUAUUAGACCUAAGCAAGAACAAGUUAAGAGGAGAAAUACCAGCAUCAUUAGGAAAUCUCAUGAAAUUAGAGAGAUUAAAUCUUUCUCAAAAUGAUUUCCACGGAGAUGUCCCAUCUUCACUUGGGAAAUUAACAAGUCUCCACAUGCUUAACCUAUCAAAUAAUCAUCUUUCCGGCCAAAUUCCCAACACUUUCUCAAAAUUCCCACUAACUUCAUUCAUGGACAAUGAUCAACUCUGCGGCCCACCAUUACAAUCCUGUAUAGAGACGAACAGGACAGAGAAAACGACACUUUCAAACAAUGCCGUCGCGGGAAUCAUAGUGGCGAUCGUUUUCACUUCGACGAUAAUUUGUUUGGUAAUGAUCUAUAUUAUGCUGAGGAUGUGGUGUAAUUGGAGAAAGGUAUCGAUUUCGAGCUCUGAAAAUGGCGGUGGGAUUGAGAACAGGGUGGUGGGAGAGAAGGAGAAAUGGGUUUAUGGAGAAAACGGGAUUACGAACAGCAAUUUUGACUAUUUGAAGGUGAAUUCCAUGGCGUUGAUUCCUUCUCAAGAUGAGAAACAACGAAGGUCUGCAAAUUCUUGUAUUUUCAAACUCAAAAUGGAAUCAGAUUCUAUGGAUCAUUCAUUUUGAGAUUUUUCUCCUAUUCUGCAAUACA